AUGUUUUUCAGCUUCGCGAUGAGAUUUCUGCUCUUUCUGAUUCUAAUACGGUUCCAUUACGCUAGUGGUGAUUCAGAAUGUGGGAUUCCGCUCCUUGAAAAAGAAUGUAACGAAGACAAAGAUUGUGCAAAGGAUUCUAAGGGACAUUACGAAUUUCCUGGGACCAUGACUUAUUGUAACAAAGCAGGCGGUCACGGAGCACCAUGA